GCCGGGCCCUGGCCUAAGAAUAGGACGGACGCUGCCCGGUGUCGUUUGGAGGCCCAGAAGUGGACGUACUUCGUUCCGGACACCGGCUUCUUUCAGGGGCACGGACCUGCUGGAAAAGUGGACAAGUCCUGUUUUCAAGAGAAGAUGACUAAUAAUUGUGAAGGAUCUAAAACUUGUAUACCUGCAGACAUCAAUAAGGAUGAAGAAUUUGUAGAAGAAUUUAAUAGAUUAAAAACUUUUGCAAAUUUUCCAAGCAGUAGUCCUGUGGCAGCAUCAACAUUAGCACGGGCAGGUUUUCUUUAUACUGGUGAAGGAGAUACUGUGCAGUGCUUUAGUUGUCAUGCAGCAGUAGAUAGAUGGCAGUAUGGAGACUCAGCAGUUGGAAGACAUAGGAAGGUAUCCCCAAAUUGCAGAUUUAUCAACGGCUUUUAUUUUGAAAGCAGUGCAGCACAAUCUUCAAAUCCUGGGGUCCAAAAUGGUCAGUACAAAGCUGAAAACUAUCUGGGAAGCAGAAAUCAUUUCACUCUAGACAGGCCUCCUGAAACUCAUGCAGACUAUCUUCUGAGAACUGGGCAGGUUGUAGAUAUUUCAGACACUAUAUACCCAAGGAACCCUUCCAUGUGUAGUGAAGAAGCCCGAUUAAAAUCAUUCCACAAUUGGCCAGACUAUGCCCACUUAACCCCCAGAGAGUUAGCCAGUGCUGGACUCUACUACACAGGUAUAGAUGACCAAGUGCAGUGUUUUUGUUGUGGUGGAAAACUGAAAAAUUGGGAACCCUGUGACCGUGCCUGGUCAGAGCACAGACGGCACUUUCCUAAUUGCUUCUUUGUUUUGGGCCGCAACGUUAAUGUUCGAAGUGAGUCUGAUGUAAGUUCUGAUAGAAAUUACCCCAAUUCAACACAUCUUCCAAGAAAUCCAGCCAUGGCCGAUUAUGAAGCACGGAUCAUUACUUUUGGAACGUGGAUAUACUCAGUUAACAAGGAGCAACUUGCAAGUGCUGGAUUUUAUGCUUUAGGUGAAGGUGAUAAAGUGAAGUGCUUUCACUGUGGAGGAGGGCUAACUGAUUGGAAGCCCAGUGAAGACCCUUGGGAACAACAUGCCAAGUGGUAUCCAGGCUGUAAAUAUUUAUUGGAAGAGAAGGGACAAGAAUAUAUAAACAAUAUUCAUUUAACCCAUUCAACUGAGGAGUCUCUGGUAAGAACUGCUGAAAAAACACCAUCACUAACUCAAAGAAUCGAUGAUACUAUCUUCCAGAAUCCUAUGGUACAGGAAGCUAUAAGAAUGGGAUUCAGUUUCAAGGAUAUUAAGAAAAUAAUGGAGGAAAAAAUUCAGACAUCUGGGAGCAACUAUAUAUCACUUGAAAUUCUGGUUGCAGAUCUAGUGAAUGCUCAGAAAGAUAAUACACAAGAUGAAUCAAGUCAGACGUCAUUGCAGAAAGAAAUUAGUACUGAAGAGCAGCUAAGGCGCCUGCAAGAAGAAAAACUUUGCAAAAUCUGCAUGGAUAGAAACAUUGCUGUAGUUUUUAUUCCUUGUGGACAUCUGGUCACUUGUAAACAAUGUGCUGAAGCAGUGGACAAAUGUCCCAUGUGCUACACAGUCAUUACUUUCAAGCAAAAAAUUUUUAUGUCUUAACCUAGCACCACAAUAGGCAUGUUUAUGUUCUUCUUAAGACCCUGAUUGAAUAUGUGAUGUGAAUGAACAUUAAGUAAUCAGUAUUGAAUUCAAUUUGCAUUUGCUACCAAGUGAAAACAAAUGUAAAUACCAUUAUUUUAAUUGGCAGUCUAAGCAUUGAAUAUCUGGAUUUUCAGGUUAUUUAACUGUAUCAUAUAUCCAGUUAUUUUUUAUUUUUAUUCAAUUGAAGCCCUAGAUUAAGAAGCAACUUAUUAUAGUUGAUCACAGUGUGUAUUUGUAGCACACUGGCUUAGUUUCUAUGAAUAAGUGAACUGAUCAUUUGAAUUUUUCGUUCAUUUCAGAGAAGUUUAACAAGUGGAGCAUUCUGUGUGAAUGUUGAGAUUAGUGCUAAUCUCCUCAAUCACAUAAGUUGUUCUGUGUGAAAAUGGAAUGAACUGUUCCACAUGUGUAGAAAGACAGACAUUAUCUUUAGAUGUUUGUCUUUAUGUUUUAGGAUAAUAUUUUCUUUUAAAAUUAUAAUCAUGUGUGUAAACAACUGGGGAGCAGUACUGUGGCUUGAACUCAGUGCUUUGUGUUUAACAGCAGGCAUUCGACCUCUUGAAUCAUGCCUCUAGCCCUUUUGCUCUAGUUGUUACUUGUUUUUUGUUUUUGAGAACUG